UAAUUCAUUUUGAAAAAGAUUCUAUUACAAUGAUAUUUUUGUUUCCAUACAAACAGAAAACAAAGUUCUAUUUUUAGUAAUGAAAUAACAUAAUUAUUCAAAAUGAAGUUAUUUAACUUUAUUAGUUCAAGCAUUUUCCAAAUAAUAUCGUUAGUUUUCGUAAUCGGCUACCUUCUCGGAGCUCUCAACAUUUAUUUUUCUGACAAAAACAACUACUGUGCUAUGACUUAUAUGUUUGAAUAUCCUCAGUUUGUUCACAUAUCCCUUGAAGCAAAUAAAAUUUUUCCUCAAUAUGGACUAUAUGCAUAUAGUGAGGGACGUUUCACAGAGAGAGCUAGGAAAAUGUGGUUUGAUGGUAUACCUGUGCUGUUUAUACCUGGGAACUCCGGGAGCCACAUGCAGGCAAGGUCUAUAGCUUCUGUAGCACUACGGAAGGCCUUGUCAAGAGAUUAUGGAUAUCACUUUGAUUUUUUCACGAUAAGCUACAAUGAAGAGUUGUCAGGGCUAUAUGGAGGGGUCCUACAAUAUCAAACACAGUUUGCUGCUGCCUGCUUAACCAAAAUACUCAGCUUAUACAAGAGCAAUAGAUACACAAAGACAGUACCAACAUCAGUUAUUGUCAUUGGUCAUUCAAUGGGUGGACUCAUAGCGAAACGUCUCCUCGCAUAUCCAAGAACGGUAAACAUUACAAACAUAGCGAUAACUCUAGCGGCCCCACUGUUGGCGCCAGUGGUGAAUUUCGACAUGAUCAUGAACGAUUACUACAUGAGAAUGGACAGAGAAUGGGACGCGUUGAGAAGUGAUCCAGCAUUGUAUGAGAAGAAGGUGCUGAUUAGUAUUGGAAGUGGACCUCGGGAUGUGCUGAUGCCGGCUGGAAUGACUGCGUCCAAUGAUAGCUAUAUUAAUACAUUGGCAACAUCAAUUCCCGGAGUAUGGGUUACUCCGGACCACGUCAGCAUGGUAUGGUGCAAACAGCUGGUGAUGGUGAUCAACAAGUUCCUGUUUGGUUUGGUAGAUGUCACCACUAACCAGAUCACAGAGAGUGUUGACCGUGUGAAGACGAAGGCGAGGCAGUAUUUUCAGGCAAACCGUUCAAUGCUGUUGCACGUGGAGUCUCCUAACACAGUAUCUAUGGUGAUGGACGCUUUCUGGUACGAAGACAAUCGGCGCGUGUACCAAAUAUCCCGUCCAGACAUAGACCGAAUGACCUACUUAAUGAUAAGGCUGGUGAAAUUUCCCCAAAAUCGUUUUGUUGCUGUGGAAUCUGUGAAUUUGGAUGACAAGGAUUGGAUAUUCGGAUGUAACGCGAAUCAAGUGCACAACACUUAUCGAUAUUGCAAAGAAGCGACGUCGCUAACCCAACUCAGCCGCUGGUCCGGCGCGGCGACGGAGUUCGGCAAACGGAAACUGGCCACAGUACACUUGCACCACAUCAUGGCGAGACGGCCGGACUGGACGCACGUGGUCGUUAAAGUGUCGCCCACUAAUAAACCGAUAAUACUCAACGUUGACAUAAACGACCAUGCGUCUAGACAGAUCAACGUGCAACUACCCUCACCUUUCUCCUUCACAAGAAACAUCAUUAUCGAACGGACCGAACCUAAUAGUAUAUACUACGAGUUACUUCUAGAUGACUUCAAUUUAGUAUACCAAGCGUAUUUAUUGUAUGUGGAACCUUCUGGAAAUUGUCAGGCUACGCAGUACCACGUAUCUGCUGAAAUGCAUGUACCCUGGGCGGAGAAUAAUGAAAACUACCAUUAUUUCACGCAUUUAAAACGUACGCCCAUGAAGAUGCGCCUAUUUAAAAGUAACCCGAAUGUCACAGUCGGACUGGACACUACGGACAAGGUUAAAAUAACGCUCUUGUUAGAUCCACAGUGUACUUUCACAGUAAGCAUUUCACAAUCAUGGUACCACUCGCUGGCUCAGAUGGCUCGCAACUACACACCACUGUUAGUGCCUUAUAUAGCUGCUAUAGUGCUACUAGCGGCUAGGAGUAGUUUACUAUACCUAAAGGAGCAUGGCUCCUGCCUGAGUAUACAUGGUGCUCUAACAAGUGACGGCGUCAAACCGUACUAUAUAUUGGUGUUUGGACGACUGGGAUCGACUUUAUUGUUUUCAAUUCCAGUACUGGCAAUAUUCUUAGAGAACGCUAGUUGGAGUAACCUAGAACUGCAAUACUUUACUCGAUCUCUACUCGUGUUACCCGUGUAUAUGACGGGCUUGGGCAUACUGAACAUAGCGGCCGCGGCUGUGCUCGUUUUGAUGGUGUUCUCGUCGCAGAUCGCUCAUAGAGUGCUGUUCAGGAUAGUCUGGCGCGGUGGCGGCGCUAGCAAUCCUCUGGCCGAGAAGAUAACGGCGGGUCUGCAGCGCGCGCCGGCGGUGGUCAGCUGCGGCCUGCUGUGCGGCGCGACGCUCGCGUGCGGCGCCGCCGCGCUCGUGGCGGGCGCCGCCUUCUACGCGUUCAUGCUUUCAAAAAUGUACGAGGAGUAUUUAGAAGAUUAUGUGUAUAAACUAAUGGCAAAAAUUGGUACACGAAUAUGUCGGAUAUUCAAAUCUAAGCCCAAAGAAAAGGAAUUGAAAACAGAUCUAAAAGCUAUCGAGAAUAAAAAAGAUGAAGAUGGGAAAGAAGAAACAUCAACAAAAGGUGACGAAAAGGAAAAAGAAAUAUCUAAAACUGAUUCUGCAAAUAAUCUGGAAGCGAUAGAAAAUAAAAAUGUAAAAGAGGAAAUGGAAAAAGAUGACAAAGAUAAAGAAAUAGAAGUAACAAAUAAUAAAUGUAAUAACGAAAAUGAAAUAGACGAAGAUCUAAACAAUUUGAAUUUCCACAUGAUGUUGUUUUUCCUGUGGAUGUGUGUGACGAUAGUCAAUAUACCGGCGCUGUUGACGUGGGCUAGAAAUUUCAAGUACAGCAUAGCCCUAAAACCUGACACAUCCUACUACACGGGCUUAGUCAUGUCAGCUUGUUCGUGCAUUAUCUGGCAACAAAACGGACCAAAGAAAGAAGCAAAAUACAAUGACGCUGUAUGCUCCCUGAUAUUUGCCAUGGCUGUUAUAAUUAUUGCCCUUGGACCGUUUUCACUGUCGAUUAUGAAUUAUGGAAUUACCUACAUAUUUGCCGUCAUCACAAUACAACAGGUAUGCACAGAAGAAGAGCCAGAAAAAUUUGCACAAGAAAAUGACCCUAAAGAAGAUGAGAUACCACCUGAAAAAGAAAACGUAGAAAAAGAUGAAACAGAAGAAAAUAAAAGUGACAAUCCUGCAGAAGAAAAAGAGGGAGAAAAUACUAACAGUGAAAACACUAGUGACUGCAAUGUAUGUAGUGAAAGUAGGAUAUACAGUAUGUUUAGAAAUCUUAGAGAAAAACUAAGUUUUGGAGAAAAUGAGUAGUCGAGUCACAAUAAAGCCACAAAAUAUCCUCCUAAGUAAUCGACAAUAGUUUUUAAAAUUAUGGCUUAUAAAUGGAAAAUGACCUUAUGGUAUCUUUCCUCUUUUAUUCAAUCUCUUUCACUGCAAGUUAAAUGUAUUUA